GAGGGAUUCUGCGCGCAGGGCGAGGGGAGAGACUCUGAUUCACAAGUCUAAACACAUCUUGCUAGAAAAAGAAAAACACAGAAAUGUGAAGGGGAAAUUGAGAGGAUUUCCUUUCCCCCUACUCGGAAGCAAGCGAUAGAAAGGACAGUCAGAGCAAUCUGUACUUUCAUUAGGAAUCAUGAAUAAACCAUUUCAAUAUAUGGAAUAAACAAUGUGAUUCAGUCAGUGAACACACUUAGUUCACAUCAAUGAACUGAAACAAUGGAGAUACCACUUAAAGGUAUGGAUUGUGGCAAGGACAUCUGUGGGAGUGGUACUCCUACAAAGCAUCAAGGAACUCACACAGGGGGGAAACCAUUUAAAUGCAUGGAGUGUGGAACAUGCUUCCGUCAUAGACAAUCGCUAAGAAGGCAUCAAUAUACUCAUACAGGGGAGAAACCAUAUAAAUGUUUUGAGUGUGGAAAAUGCUUCACACAGAGUGGAAACCUCUAUAUACAUAUGCGAACUCACACGGGGGAGAAACCAUUUAAAUGUAUGGAGUGUGGAAAGAGCUUCCUUUUGAGUAAUCAACUUAAUGCACAUCAUCAAACUCACACGGGUGAGAAACCAUUCAGAUGUAUGGAGUGCGGAAAGAGCUUCUCUCAGAGUGGACAGCUUAAAAGACAUCAGCGAAGUCACACAGGGGAAAAGCCAUUUAAAUGCAUAGAGUGUGGGAAGUGCUUCAUCGAUAGUGGAACACUUCGAAAACAUCAAUGGACUCACACAGGGGGAAAACCAUUUAAAUGCAUAGAGUGUGGAAAGAGCUUCAGUCAGAGUGGAAUCCUUAAAUACCAUCAACGAACUCACACAGGGGAAAAACCAUUUAAAUGCACAGAGUGUGGAAAGAGCUUCUCUCGGAGUGGACACCUUAAAAACCAUCAACGAACUCACACAGGGCAGAAACCAUUUAAAUGUAUAGAGUGUGGAAAGAGCUUCAGUGAUAGUGGAACACUUAGAAAACAUCAGCAAACUCACACAGGGGAAAAACCAUUUAAAUGCAUGGAGUGUGGAAAAUGCUUCAGUCUGAGUGGAAACCUUAAUGCACAUCUACAAAUUCACACAGGGGAGAAACCUUUUAAAUGCAUGGAGUGUGGGGGAAGCUUCACUAGAAGUGGAAUGCUUAGAAGACAUCAGCCAACUCACAGGGGAAAAACAAUUUAAAUGUAUGUUUGGUUGCAGAAUAAAUCCAGGCAUAUCUGGAGGAUAUGGACCAUUUGGACUGCAUUUCUUCCAGUUGAGUGUCAGGCCCUGCCAUCUGACUGAGACCACCUUGUUGGCACUGGUUGAUUAUCUCUGGCAGGCGAGGGACAAAGGUAAAAGCUGUUUCCUGGUUCUGCUGGAUCUCUCAGUUUCUUUUAAUGCCAUUGACCACGGUAUCCAGUUACCGAUUUGUGAUAAAAAUAUAUACCUUACCCAAUUCGUUGAGAAUAAAGCUUAACUGGUCAGGUUGGCAACUGUUGAACCACGAGUAUUAUUUACAAACUCCUCCAGUCAUUGUGCGCACAAAGUCCCCACACCUCUCACCUCUCGGCUUGACCUCUCAGAAGUCAAGAUAGAGUGAUCUGAAUUAACCCAGAAAGCGCCACCUCAUUUCCCCAAUGCCACCUCUGCUUUGCGAAAUACAUUCCCAAUAAAAUGACAUUGUAAAUAUUAACAUAUCCUCAUGGACGGUCUAGGAGGGUUGGGACUUAGGGGCAGGGUUAUGCAGUGGUUCCACUCCUUCCUCCUGGGCCGUGCGCAGAAAGUGGUGUUGGGGGUUGAGCGUUUCAGAGCUUUG